GAUCGCAUCAUCAACGACGUUCAUCGGCAAGUCGCAAACAUGAGGCCCACCGCUCCUACGGCGCUGCUCAGCGCCUUCCAAGGCCUCAGAAUAUCUACGACGCCGACAGUCAGCCCUCUUAGGGCCGCGAUCCGACCUCAAUUGACGAAGCCGCUGGUCGCAUCCCAGAUCCUCCGCGAUGCUCGCCCGUUUUCCACGACACCUGCAGCGCAGGGCACAUGGCUCGAACCCUCGAUCGACCGAACGAAGAAGAUGAUGAAAGGACGUCCUCGCGUGGCUACGGGAGGAUCGACCAAGGGCACGACUGUCAUCUGGGGCGACUACGGUCUCCGAAUGAAGGAUCACCACCGAAGAAUCAGCGCCAAGCAACUCAAGAACGCUGAAGAUACGAUUAAGAUGAGAUUACGUGGUCAAAAGUACCGGCUGUACAAGAGAGUGUGCUGCAACGUUGGUGUCUAUGUGUCUGGUAACGAGAUGCGUAUGGGUAAGGGAAAGGGUUCUUUCGAUCAUUGGGCGGCGCGUGUUGCUGUCAACCAGAUCGUUUUCGAGAUCAGAGGAAUGCUUCACGAGGCUGUUGCGAAGGAUGCCUUCCGUCUGGCGGGUAACAAGUUGCCCGGUCAAUGGGAGUUUGUACACAAGGGAGCGGCUCCUGUUGUUGGUAUUACGAAGCUUGAGAACGGUGUUACGUUGGAGGAUCUGAAGAGACCAAGAAAGGCGAUUGCGCCUGAAGACUUGCUGGCUGAGGCAACGAGCAAGCCCACCAGCGCGGCGUCUACCACUACGCCGUCUGCAGCGCCCUAGAGUUUUGGAUGAAAAUGAUUGUAACAUUUACCACUCUUAACUUUGAGAUAGGCUAAGCGCAAUCUCAAGUUCAUGGAGUGGCUGUACUAUAGAUGACCUUACCAGAUGGGGAGGUGUCAUUGCGGCUGUACAAAUAAAGGAAAUACCUUUCACACUCAUCAUUAGUCUACCGUGG